AUGGGGGCAGCGGUGGUUGUCCGACUGCUGGCAUGGUGUCUGGUGGCGGCGACGGCGUCUGCCCAAACUGCCGGAGCAGCAUGGCAGACUCCGAAAUUCAUAGAGCCAUCGGACCACGCAGAUUUCACCUUCACAGAGAAUGAAGAAUCCCCAGGUGGCAUCAUUAUUAAUCUCAACGAACAUGCCACGCCCAUAAUCGCCUUAGUCAACUACGCAGGGACUACAAUGCCGAAAAGCUCAGCGGAGACGGACCUGAAAAUAGUGUAUGCCUGGUCGGACGCUGAUAAUAUGUAUACCAUGGCGGUGACGGGAUCCUGUGACUAUGACAAUGGUGGCACGAAACAGUUCGAGUGGAAUGUCCAGAUCGGUGAUGAAAAAAAUUCGGUCACGGUCAACCUGGUGAAUAUCAAUGACAAUCCUCCUCAGUUCAUCAACCAAGAACGAUCCUGCAAGGUCGAAGAAUAUGUUGGUGAAGAGGAAGACUUCGCUGAGGUAAAGACAACCUGCUCUAUCACUGUUCGAGAUGCAGACGGGGAUGUCGACAAGACAGCUAUGACCGUCCUUGAGAAUGGAGAGACCGCUACGGCAUUCGAAGUGAGACAAGAGGGAAGUCCGAAAAAUGGGAAAACUGAACAGGAUUACGUAUUGCAUCUUGUGAAAGGCUUGGACUACGAGGAGUAUGCAGUACAUGUUCUCAACAUACGAGCAAACGAUGGAGUCAAUGAAACGACGAUAUCGUAUGUUGUGGACGUGAUCGACCUCCCUGAUACACCUCCAGUGUGGGAUAGUUUUCUGCCGUCUAUGAGCAUCAAUGAGAAAGACCCUCAAACAGCGACUGUGGUAGCACACGACGGUGACAUCAGUAUUAACGCCGAUAUCUCUUACAAGCUGGAGGCGAAGAAUGCUGAAUACCAAGACUUAUUCGCGAUUGGAGAGAAGGACGGAGUGCUGGAAAUCGGAUGGAUAAAUCGAGACGAGCUGAAGCAGGAAACGUUCGAGGUGCUGCUGACGGCGUACGAGACGGACGACCCUUCGUCGCUGGUCACACAGGACCUCGUGGUGAUCGUGAAGGACGUCAAUGAUAACAUACCUAAUAUCACAGCGACCAGCCUCAACGCAGCGGUCAGCGAAAGCUACUCUGGUACUUUCGACUUCGGCAUCACCAUCGAAGAUCCAGACCUGGCGGACAACGGGCGCUUCAGCAUCGCUCUGGAAGAAAACGAGUGGAGCGACGCCUUCCUUGUGGUGCCAGCCAGCGGGUACCAGUCGACGAAGGUCACCAUCUCAGUGCUGAGCCCUGCGAGCCUGGACUACGAGAACAGCGACUGGAGAACCAUUACGCUCACGGUCGUAGCAACGGAGGAGGCAGACAAAACCCACGUCACCACCAGGGAUUUCAUCAUCGAGCUCAAAGACACCAACGAUGAAUUUCCGGAAUUUGCGACCGAGUCGUUUAAAGCGGAGGUGUCAGAGAGCGCGGAUGUAAAUUAUCUCGUCACCACUAUCAGCGCCACCGACAAGGAUGAAGGUGACCAGAUCAGGUGA